AUGUCUUCUGUUUACAUAUUACGGAUUUUAGUUGCAUUUCAAGGUUGUUUAUGUUUGGCCGGUGCAUAUCUUAAUUUGUAUUUGAGCACACAGGAAACGUAUCGUUUGCUAGGUGUUCACUAUGAGUUAUUCUAUGUUCGCAAUGGAAUCAUCAACCAGUACGCCCUCUCCUUUGAUCUUCCGCUGCAAUCCCACAUCGAUGACAUCUUCUUCACCUGGCAGAGCCUCAGAGAUGAGCCUCAGAUGUUCUACAAGAUGAGUUUUAACGUCAGCAAUUCCCGGGCAAUGUCCAUGCCAACAGCCAACAUUUCCCUCAACGGAGAAGUCCCUAACCAAAUAUCAGUCUUCCGGGUGACCCUGCCCUGCACGGGCCAGAUAAACGCAGAGGUUCACAUUAGCAUCCAAAUGAGCAUCAGUAUCUUGUCUGUGUCCAACCCCACGCUGCUCAACUUCAAACGGAAAAAAGUCUGCCUCAAAAAAAAUUCCGUGUGGAUGUCCAAAGACAAGGAUGAUAACUCAAUGUGGCUGCCCAAUGAUAAAGAUUUGCUUAAUCAGUACCAGCUCAAGUUUAGCAAUGCUACCUUCAGCUUGUCACCUGAUGAUGAUUCAAAAGAGAAAGAUGACUUGACAACAUCGACUCAUAUCUUCUAUGCUGCAGUGGCGUGUACCUGUGCAGUCAUCAUUCUGAUUGCACUGGGUGUGGUUGCCUACUAUCUCAACACACAACGCACGUCUGAUCAUUACACCAAGAAGAUUAAUUGCUA